AUGACAACUGAACAAAAGAGAACUAUUUUCCCAAAGAAAAUGUUCUCUACCACUCAUAAUGCAAUACCUGUUCAGUCUAAGAUCGAAUCUGCUAUUCCAUUUUGGACUGCAAUUGCAACAAAAAAUGAAUUAUAUCAUACAGUUUCAGUUUUCAUAUAUUUCAUGAUGCCUGACAAUACAGCAAUUUACGAGUGGUUCCGUGUUCAAGAACCUAUCUCAAAAUUAUACGAUUUUGUUGCCUAUUUUUUGGGUAAAGAGAGAGAAUUUGACCUUAAAGUAACAGGUGAAGUUUUAGACAGAAACAAUAUAAUCAAUGAUAUUAAAAAAAAUAGAAAAUACGGAAAUAAUCGAAAUUCAAGUUGUAAAUCGUUAA